AUGGGGAAUCAAGGAUCUUCAGCGCACGAGCCAUUCGACAGGGCGCAGGCGGCUGCCAAUGCUGACCUUAAAAUGAAGUCGUCUGUGCGUGCGUCGUUGCGGAGAGCGCGCGCGGGCGCGGCUCUGUCCCCGCCGCGCGCCGGCAUGGAGCGACUGCGACGCUCGUUCCGGGAGUCUUUCCGGAGACGCAAGGGUUCGCCUCCAGAGUCAGCACGGCCUCAUCAAUGGCACGCAGACGAGGCCGCUGUGCGAGCAGGCACAUGCACCUUCCCCGUCAAGUACCUCGGCUGCGUCGAGGUGUUCGAGUCCCGCGGAAUGCAAGUCUGCGAAGAAGCGCUUAAGGUGCUUAGGAAUUCCCGUCGUCGUCCAGUGCGCGCCGUGCUGCACGUCAGCGGUGAUGGACUGCGCGUCGUUGAGGAGGAGACCAAGGGGCUCAUUGUAGAUCAGACUAUUGAGAAGGUGUCAUUCUGCGCGCCUGAUAGGAACCAUGAGAGGGGAUUCAGUUACAUAUGCCGCGACGGUACGACUCGUCGUUGGAUGUGCCACGGUUUCCUAGCGUCCCGCGACAGUGGCGAGCGUCUGUCCCACGCGGUCGGCUGCGCAUUCGCGGCGUGUUUGGAACGCAAACAGCGCAGAGAUAAGGAGUGCGCCGUGUCUAUGAGCAUCGACGCUGCGAGCCAUGCGUUUACCAGGCAGGGCUCUUUCAGGAAAUCUGGCAUAACUCCACGUCGUGCGUCGGAAGCAGACGCUAAUAACAGCAAUGGGUCGGUGAUAAUACCUGUGGGGUCCCUGGGCGGGGUGACGAACGUCCCCGCGGCGGUGCCGGUAGUGCAGCCGGCGGCCCCGCGACCGACCCCGCACAAUCCCUUCGCAGUGGAGCGACCCCACGCCGCGCCACAUCUACUCGAGCGACAGGGGUCCUUCCGUGGAUUCGCGCAUCUUAACAACAGCUCUCCAUUCAAGCGUCAGAUGUCCCUGCGUAUCAGUGAGCUCCCCUCUAACUUGGAGCGUCAGCGCGCCGGGCUAGGUUCUCCCACGCGAGCCGUCGCAGCCGUGCCUGUCGCUGUGGCUGAACCAAGGCCUGAAGCGGUACCCGCACAGGCGGAACUAUCGUCCGCGGACCCAGUAGCAGCGAUGUGCCAGCAGUUGUCGGCGGGGCUGCGUGCGCUGGCGGAGGAGCCGGUGGCGGUGGCGGCCGCCGAGCCCGUGGCCGCCGCCGGCACUCUGCCGCACCCCGACGCCUGGCUCGGCCGCGUGGCGCAGGCCCCGCCGCUCACACAGGCCCCGCCGCUCACACAGGCCCCGCCAGUGGCGCGGGCCCCGCAGCCAGUACGAGCCCCGCCGCUGGGACAGACAGGCCGCGCCGCGUCGUACGCAGGUCGCGCGGCGUCCACGAACCCAUUCCUAUCCCCCGGGGACGUGGCCCCGGCCCUGUAG